AUGGAUAGUGAUAAUCUCUCAGCGGAUAGUUCGUCAAUGGAUGAUGAGAGCAAUGAAGGAGAGGUAAACUCUGAGUUAGGGUCAAGUUCUAGUGGUUCUGACUUUGAGCAUGAGGCGUAUUCAAUCGUCGUGCUUAUUCGAAUUAUGUGUGAUGAAAUGGGCAUUAAUCUUAGAAUGCCCCAACACAAUAUUGGUUUACGUGGCCAUCAAUAUAUUUACGAAAUACUACAUGGUAACCCCAUAAAUUGUAAAGAGUUGUUUCGAUUAGAGGUGGACACAUUUUGGGCAUUAUGCUCGACCUUGCGUGGAGAAGGAUUUUUAAUGGAUUCCAGACGUGAGGUCAGUGUAGAGGAAGCAGUAGCCAUCUUUUGUAUUUUGGUGGGACAUGCACAAGGGCAACGUAUGGUGGCGGACAGGUUUCAACAUAGCAGUGAAACCAUUAAUCGUCAUGUGCGUACAGUCAUGAAUGCGCUAUGUGAGCUUGGGAGGCAUAUUAUUAGGCCAACGCACACAGACGAACCUCAUCCCUAUAUUGCGGGCAACCCUCGGAAUAUGCCAUGGUUUGAGGGAUGCAUUGGGGCGAUAGACGGAACGAUGAUCGAUGCGAUCGUACCGACUGAGGUACGUGAGGCAUACAGAAAUCGGAAAGGACGAGUUGCACAAAAUGUGUUAUGUGCAUGUGAUUUCGACAUGAAGUUCACAUUUGUGUACACAGGAUGGGAGGGUACAGCUCAUGAUGCACGUGUCUUAAUUAAUGCGAUGACUCAGUCAAACAUCAAUUUCCCAACUCCGCCCCCUGGUCGCUAUUAUCUUGUGGAUUCGGCAUUUGCACUUUCUCUUGGAUAUAUGCCACCAUACCCAAGAGAACGAUAUCAUAGAAGCGAUCGGCAUAAUCAGCGUACAUUCACUAGCUAUCGAGAUUAUUUUAAUUUUCGUCAUUCGUCAUUGCGGAAUGUUAUUGAGCGCACCUUUGGUGUGAUGAAAGAACGCUUUAGAAUUUUAAGUUUAAUGCCUUCUUACUCAGUUGGGAGGCAAGGGAAGAUCAUAAACGCAUGUUGUGCACUACAUAAUUUUAUUAGAAUUACAACACCAAAUGACUGGUUGUUUGCGGACGCACAUAGCAUGCGGAUCUGCCUUAACCAGUCAUCUGGCCCGACUGACGCUGCAUCAUCAUCUCACCAAGCAAACAUGACAAGUGCAUCAGCCCAAGCAAUGGGUACAAUACGAGAUAAUAUUGCACUAUCAAUGUGGGCAGCUAUGGGUGAGAAUUGA